AUGACUUGGGAGGCUGGUAAUGACGAAGUUGUCCUCAGUGGCUCGUCGACGAGCUAUGGGAACUGUCGCGGCUCAGGCACUGAGAGUGGUCUUGACGAUCCCAUGAGCUGGCUAUAUGCGAGUUCAUACGUCAAUGUAAAGAGAAAGGUGGAUCAUUUCAAUUGGAAUUCCGGUGGCUACGAGGAUGUCAUCAAGAAAGGUCUGGAGGGGGGGCUGCGCUCCGGAAUCGACGGCAUGAUUGAGAGUAUCAAGAAUAAGCUCAACACGGCUGGACGACUGACCUACCCCGGCGGUGCCGCCCUGGAUUUCCAGAAGCCCUCUACAGGGCGAUAUGGCGAUUUGAAUGUUGCUGUCAAGAUGAGGCUGUUCAAAGCCGAUGGUCGCAUCAAAGUACCAGAUGUAAACGACAACGGCGGCAACCGCAUGUCCAUAGCCAGCACCAGCGUAGCAUCACGGGCUGCCGUGGCUAACACGCGCAUAGCAGCCUUAGCCAUCUCUGACAUGCCACUUUUGAAUCCCGACUUCCGCGGACCCGUUAUCUCCUCGCAUAAGCUGACUUGGACCACACGCUCAUCCAAGGACCUGGGUAUCGACGGGAAGCUGACUUUGACGGUACGGGGUAGCAACGACACCUCGAGGACUGUGAGCCUGGCGGCUUGUGUGCUGCGCUUCAAUGUUGGGGAGGAUGAGGACAAGGGGUGCCUGUUUAGGGUUGGGAGUAAGUUUCAGUAUCGCAGUGGUGGUCCACUUGUCCCUCAGGAAGUUGAGGGGCAGAAGAAGGAGGAACAAGACGAUGAGCCCAAGCCGGAGGAUACUGUGACACUCACUUGGUCCCCCGACGUGUACACGACCACCGCGACCAUCAACAGCCCCAAGGACACGCCAGUGGUACUGCCAGGACCAAACCCGGCACCGGAGCCUACCGUCGUCCCAUGGGAGAUUGAAGUUCAAAGUGGUGGCUUCUGGGAUGAGGCCAUAAACGUCCCACCCAGGGCGUGGUUCCAGUUGGACAUCACUGGCGCCCCUGCCGUGCCUGAAGGUGGCCACAAGUUGGUGAGGGUGAAUGAGAAGACGCAGGAUAAGGCCGGGAAGAUUAUUGCGGAGUGGGAGAAGGAGUACCAGGUUGUGUGGUAUGGGUGA